AUGUCGCAGGCUUUUCUGACAGGAAGGCAGACAGCUGUCUCCAGGAAGCCAGCACUGGGACUCCUUUUUGCUUUGCAGACCUCAGUGGGGACCCUGGGGAAUUACUUCCUGCUUUUCCACUAUGUCUCCCUGUCCCUCGCAGGAGACAGGAUGAGGCCCACAGACGUGAUUCUCAGACACCUGACCAUCGCCAACUCCACUGUCAUUCUCUCUAGGGGAGUCACACAGACCAUGGCAACUUUGGGGGUGAGAGACUUCCUCAGUGAUCUGGGCUGCAAACUUGUCUUCUACCUUCACAGGGUGGGCAGGGGGAUUUCCAUGGGCACAACCUGCCUCCUGAGUGUGUGUCAGAUGAUCACCAUCAGCCCCUGGACCUCCAGGUGGGCCCAGCACAAAGACAGGGCUGCCAGGAACAUUGAGCGCUACAUAGUUUUGAUUUGGACACUGCACCUGUCAGUCAACUAUGUUAUUUUAGCAAGUAUGACUAGUACACUGAGAAGCAAAAACAUGACCCAAAAACAGGAUUUUGGAUAUUGUUCUGCCACAUUUAAAGGUGGAAUCGUAGCUUCACUCUACAGUGCACUGUUCUCAGUCCCUGAUGCGCUGACUCUGGGCCUCAUGCUCUGGGCCAGUGGCUCCAUGGUCUCCAUGCUCCACAGGCAAAAGCAGCAGGUGCAGCACCUUCACAGAGCUCGUGUCACCCCCAGAGCUGCCCCUGAGACCAGGGCCACCCAGAGAAUCCUGGUGCUGGUCAGCACCUUUGUCACCUACUACGUCCUCUCCUCCGCCUGUCACCUCUGCAUUGCUCUGUCAAAGAAUCUCAGCUGGUGGAUGUUGAACUUCUCUGCUCUAUUGGCUGCAUAUUUCCCCACUGUCAGCCCCUUCCUCCUCAUGAGCCGAGCUCCAGGCUGUGUGGGCCCUGCCGUGUCUGCAUGAGGGACUCAACUCCCCCACUACUGUCAUGAGGAAGGUGGACUUUCUGUGCUUUUGCACAGUAUUGAAUCCAUCCUCAGAUGCCCUUACUUUAUUGUUCCCCUAUCAGAGCACAAUCAACAAGGCUGAGAUGGUAUCUAAUGCUUAAAAUCCAAGUAAAAUGUAAUGAUUUGGAAUGUAACCACAAGAAAUUGGCAUUUUCUUCUCUAUUUACUUAAUGGACUGAGACAGUAAAAAAUUGAGAGGGGUACAGAGUGUAGAUAGCAUAAUGUUCAUGCAAAUUGACUCUCAUAGCUGAGGCUCCAAGUUCCCAGAUUCAGUCCACUGCACCACCAUGAGCCAGAGCUGAGCAGUGCUGUGGUAGAAAGAAAGAAAGAAAGAAAGAAAGAAAGAAAGAAAGAAAGAAAGAAAGAAAGAAAGAAAGAAAGAAAGAAAGAAAAGGAGAAAGAAAUUGAGAGGGAAGGGGGAGACAGAAAGGGAGCCAUUCAGAGAUACAUCUGCAGCCCUGCUUCAGCACUUGUAAAGCUACCCCACUGCAGGUGAGGACUGGGGGCUCCAACCCAGGUCUUUGCACAUUGUAACAGGUGUGCUCAGCCAGGUGCACCACCACUG